UCCUGCGAUGAUUCUAUUGGCUAGCCUGCCUUGUGGGCGAAAUUAAAAAACGUUUGAACUGGUCUCUCUGCUGAUUGUUUGCUGCUGGCUUUUCAAUGUAUAUUGCUGUUAGAGUUCCGACUCAUUCACAAUUCUAAAAUGGGGGACCAUGCUGAGAUCCAGAUCACUCCAGAGACUCCAGGCAGGCCCUCCAUUAGAAACCCCUUUGAAAGUCCAAACGACUAUCACCAUCUUCGCGAACCGCUGGUGCCAAGUCCAUCUGUAUUUAAGUCCCUACCUUGUAAAGCUACUCCACCUAAGUUUAACUGGUCUAUUGAUGAAAUGGCCAGUCUCCUACCAGUGCACAUAGACCCAGAGGAAAUUCAGCGGCAAUCUUUUUACCUCAGUCAGACAAGGACGGAUUCGGACAUUGAGGAAAAACGUCAGAAUGCUAUUGAGCAGUUUUUCACCAAAGGAAUAAUUGUCCCUUCCCCCUGGGCGGCACCAGAGACCCGUAAAGUCCCUCAGAUUUCUAAGAAUAGUUCAAUGUCUGCAAUGAUUGCAGUGGAGCCAGAAAAAAAUUCAGUUGGAUGUCAGACAACCCUUACAUUGCCUUUGGCUUUUGAUUUGGAGAAAGUUCUAGGGGAAUAUUACCGUUAUGAAGAGGUGUGUGAUCCAGUGCAGGAGAGUCUGAGCAGCUCCUCCUUGCGACGAAAACUAUUCCUUGAUGGCCAGAAUAGUUAUAUUGGCUCAGACAGCUCGAGCCCUCCAAGUCCAGAGAGAGGCAAUGCCGGUCAGGAAAAGCCAUCUCCCAAGAGAGGAGACUGCAUUGAAGGUUCUGAGGGAGAAGCUGUAUCGGCUAUCUUUUCCUCCCCUUCGGCCUGUGGUGUGUCAGCUCCGACGCCUUCUACAGGUCAGUUCUCUUCGAGUCCCAUCCAGCACGGACGCUUCCGGGAUUGUAGCCUUGGCAGCAUUGACAGUCCUCUCUUCCGUGAUAGGUCCUCUCCUGCUGGCCUCAUCUCCCCCACAAUUUCUCCUAUUGUUGCACAUGCAGAACGCACACCUGUUGGCUCAGCUGAGAGGAACCAGCCGAGCUGUUUGACCCCACGUGGUGCCCCCCUGGACAUAGUCGCUUCCUGCAGUGAGAGUCCAUUUGUUGAGGGUUGCUCUCCCAUUCGUAGCUGCUCCCCACACCAGCUCCAUUGCCACAAUGAACCCCAGCGCAUUUCUCGACCCAGGCCCAGACCUAGAGGCCGCUGCUGGGCUUCCCCUCCCCUCAUCUCACCGAUCCUCAACCCUAAGCUCCCAGACAAUGAGGUGGCUGAAGAACACCUCCCCUCUGCCACUCGCUCUUCUUUCCCCUCUAUGGAAUUAGAUUCAUCAUCACCCCUGACACAAGACUCUCACCCCACCAACACUGAGAGGGUGGACCCAAUGGAACCUGUGAAAAUGGAAGAAGGCAAAGAGACAGAAAUUGAACCGAGGCUCGAGUAUGAGGAGGACGAAGGUGUGGGGCCUUCCGAGCAGCUGACCAGCUCUCGCAUGGUUAAUGCAUCAGCAACAGAAAACUCUCACAUGUUUGUGUCUCUCCUGGCAGAGGGAAGCAGCAUACGCUACGAUUCUAGCAUGCAGGUGGACAGCGGUUAUAACACUACCUCAGCAGUCAGUCUUAUUGAUGGCACCAACAAAGACUGUGACGGCAAAGAGUUCUUCUGCUCAAACAUGGCAGAAGACGCCUUCCAAGUCACUCGACACACUAAAGUAAAGGUGUUUUUUCCUCACCACUGAGCCAACUGAUAGAUGGAUUGACAGGGAUUCUUCUUCUAGUGAAAGCAUGUGCUUAAUAUGUUGCAAUCAAAUACAACAAGGUUUACACUAUGUCUAAAGCAUUUAUGGUAAAUAUGUUUGGUUAGACUGAAUUGUGUUAACUGUUAAAUGAGGUAUGAAUACAACCAUGGGGUUUCACAA